CUUUACGACAAGAUCUUUAAGGUGUCAAUUUCAGCAAGAUCUCCACCUCGAAAAUGAAGCUGCCGUUGUCGCAUGGUUUGUUGAUCAGUAUAGGCGAAAUCUGGACGAAGAUGCUUUCCGCGAAGAAGUGGGAAGUUUCCUAGGAUUGUUGGAAAACACUCGAUACGACAAUAUGUCCUUGGCAGCCAACUAUUACUCCUCAAUAUUUGUUCUAAUCCAGUCCCUUGAAGAGCUGCGUGAAAAAGAAAAGAAGAAUAACGAGCCCAAAGCUCCAGCACUUCCUGAGGGAAUGCAGCUGGACAUUGGACCAUCAUUCGAAGGAUCCGUUGUAGACCAGAUGCAGUUGAUGCUAUUUGAGUGCGAGCAAGCACGGAGUUUUGUGGAAGAAGCUUUGCGAAGUUCCGCGUAG